AUGGUGCCCUCUGAGAACAAAACUUCCUCCAAGGUGCUCAUCAUUGGAGCUGGAUUUUCUGGUCUAGCUACAGCCUGUCAACUUCGAAGAGAGCACAAUUGUGAUGACUAUAUCAUCUAUGACCGUUCACCUGCCCCAGGAGGGACUUGGUGGGCGAAUAAAUAUCCAGGCUGUGCCGUGGAUAUCCCAGCGGUCUUCUACAGUCUAUCAUUUGCCCCAAAUCCCGAUUUCUCGAAGGUUUACCCACCACAAGCGGAGAUAUUGGAAUACUUCAACAAGGUUGCGGAUAAAUUCGACGUCUCUCGACACAUCGUUCCGAACACAGAAUGGGAAGGGGCAUAUUGGCAAGACUUGACAAACAGCUGGUUGGUCAAGUUGAAGGACUUGUCCACAGGUGAAACAUUCUAUCACGAGUGUAAAAUCUUGAUAUCUGCUGUUGGAGCCUUAGUAAACCCAAAUCAAUUUGGCAUUCCGGGCAUCGAAACUUUUGAAGGGGAUAUUGUCCAUACCGCUGCAUGGAAAGCAGAUUUGUCUCUUCAUCAGAAAGAUCUGAUCGUCGUUGGCAAUGGAUGUUCGGCUGCUCAGCUUAUUCCCGCUAUUGCUAAAGAAGCUGGAAGUAUCACCCAAUUUAUUCGGACACCCCAAUUCUAUUUGCAAAAUGAAAACAUGCAAAUCGACAACAAGUGGAAAUUCAUUUUUCGCUAUAUGCCCGGUGUUCUACGUUUAUUGAGACUGGUUGUGUUUCUGUUUUUGGAGAGCACUGCUGUCAGAUUCAAUAUUAAUUAUAAGGGAAACAAAGCCAGGAAUCUAUCAGCAGAGAGAAGCAAAGCCUACAUUCAAAGCACUGCACCCGAUUGGAUGCAAGGCAAGCGCCGGAUCUUCGACAACAGUAGAUAUAUCAGCUGCCUUCAACAAAGCAAUAUUCAUCUUACAGAUGAUCCCAUUGUCAAAAUCUCCUCUCAUUCGAUUUUCACCAAAUCUGGCCAGGAAUACCCUGCAGAUGCAAUUCUUCUUGCCACCGGAUUCGCCCUGACGCAAUACGAGGUCGAGCUGGUAGGGCGAAAUGGCCGGACCCGUGACGAACAUUGGGGUAACUUCGGCUACAAGGAGGCAUACAAAUCCAUCGCGAUGUCCGGAUUUCCCAAUUUCUUCUAUGUCCUUGGUCCCAACUCUGGUAAAGGCCACACAUCUGCCAUUUACUGCAUUGAAAACUACGUCAACCUUGUUAUGAAAGUGAUUGCACCGGUUCUUCAAGACCGGGCUUCAUUUGUCGAGGUCAAGCCCGACAGUGAGAAAGAGUACAAUGAGAAUUUGCAUGAGAAAAUCGCCACGACGAUCUUCAAUACCUCAUGCAGUAGUUAUUUUAUCGACUACAAGUCUCAGAAGAAUUGGUUCAUCUACCCAUGGAACUCAUUUGUCAUGUGGUACGCCACCCAUUGGAGUCGUUCGGAUGACUGGACAUACGAUGUAAGUUGGUUAAUGAAGCCAUUGACUGGUUUAGGCCCGGAUGAUUAA